GGCCGCGCCCCUUGGCCGAGCGAGAGGCCGAGCUUGCUGCAUUGCAGCCGCCGCGGCGCCGCUCGGCUCCUCACUCCCAACAAUGGCGGCUCCGAGCCCGAGCGGCGGCGGCGGCUCUGGGGGUGGCAGCGGCAGCGGCACCCCGGGCCCCAUAGGGUCCCCGGCGCCGGGCCACCCGGCCGUCAGCAGCAUGCAGGGCUUUCAGAUAAACUUCUGUGAAAAGGCACAAAUUUUUCACCAUAUACAGAUCAUGGAUGAUGUACCGGGUAAACGCAAAGCACUGAAGUUGAAUUUUGCAAAUCCACCUUUCAAAUCUACAGCAAGGUUUACUCUGAAUCCCAAUCCUACAGGAGUUCAAAACCCACACAUAGAGAGACUGAGAACACACAGCAUUGAAUCGUCAGGAAAACUGAAGAUCUCCCCUGAACAACACUGGGAUUUCACUGCAGAGGACUUGAAAGACCUUGGAGAAAUUGGACGAGGAGCUUAUGGUUCUGUCAACAAAAUGGUCCACAAACCAAGUGGGCAAAUAAUGGCAGUUAAAAGAAUUCGGUCAACUGUGGAUGAAAAAGAACAAAAACAACUUCUUAUGGAUUUGGAUGUAGUAAUGCGGAGUAGUGAUUGCCCGUACAUUGUUCAGUUUUAUGGUGCACUCUUCAGAGAGGGCGACUGUUGGAUCUGUAUGGAACUCAUGUCUACCUCGUUUGAUAAGUUUUACAAAUAUGUAUAUAGUGUAUUAGAUGAUGUUAUUCCAGAAGAAAUUUUAGGCAAAAUCACUUUAGCAACUGUGAAAGCACUAAACCACUUAAAAGAAAACUUGAAAAUCAUUCACAGAGAUAUCAAACCUUCCAAUAUCCUUCUGGACAGAAGUGGAAAUAUUAAACUCUGUGAUUUUGGCAUCAGUGGACAGCUUGUGGACUCCAUCGCCAAGACAAGAGAUGCUGGGUGUAGGCCAUACAUGGCACCUGAAAGAAUAGACCCAAGUGCAUCACGACAAGGAUAUGAUGUCCGCUCUGAUGUCUGGAGUUUGGGGAUCACAUUGUACGAGUUGGCCACAGGCCGAUUUCCUUAUCCAAAGUGGAAUAGUGUAUUUGAUCAACUAACACAAGUCGUGAAAGGAGAUCCUCCACAGCUGAGUAAUUCUGAGGAAAGGGAAUUCUCCCCAAGUUUCAUCAACUUUGUCAACUUGUGCCUUACAAAGGAUGAAUCCAAAAGGCCAAAGUAUAAAGAACUUCUGAAACAUACCUUUAUUUUGAUGUAUGAAGAACGUACCGUAGAGGUCGCAAGCUAUGUUUGUAAAAUCCUGGAUCAAAUGCCAGCGACUCCCAGCUCUCCCAUGUAUGUCGAUUGAUAUCGCUGCUACGUCAGACUCUAGAAUAAAGGGCUGAGAGGAAGCAAGACGUAAAGAAUUGUCAUCCCAUAUCACAGUGUUUUUAUUGCUCGCCCAGACACCAUGUGCAAUAAGAUUGGUGUUCGUUUCCAUCCUGUCUGUAUACUCCUGUCACCUAGAACGUGCAUCCCCGUAAUACCCACUGACCACAGUGCUCGCGCUGGUCAGAGCCCUCAUCCUGCUCUUUACCGAUGAACGUGUUCAUGAAAUGUGGAAGUCAGUACGAUCAACUUGUUGACUGUGAUUAGAUCACAUCUUAAAUUCAUUUCUAGACUCGGAACCUGGAGACGCAGCUACUGGAAUGGUGUUUUGUCAGAGUUCCAAAUUCUGGAAGAACGCAGUGACGGAUGUACUUUGUCUGAACAUAGAGACUUGGGCUUGAGUGAGAAGAGCUUGCACAGCACCGAGACGCAUUGCCUUCUGGAGCUGGGAGACGAAGGAGGAAUUUUACUUUCUUCACCAAGUGCAAUAGAUUUACUGAUUUGAUAUUCUGUUGCUUUACAGUCACAGUCGAUGUUUGGGGAUCGAUGUGCUCAGCCAAAUUCCCUGUUUGAAAUACACGUUAAAUCAGAAUGAGUUUCUCUUUACCAAAAACUGUGUUGCGUUCAAAGAGGUGAACAUUCAAAUAGCGAGACGGGACAGAAUGUGUUCUUUUCUCCUUUCCCAGCCCCUCUGCUCUUCAUGGGGAGGACUCAGGAGUCUGCCACCUGUCACAGAAGGUGCUGAUCCUAAGAAUUUUCAUUCUCAGAAUUUGGUAUGCUGCCAACUCGAUGUUCCCUGCCAUCAACCACCAGGACAGAAAGAAGAAAGAAGCACGGAGGACAAAGUUUACAGAUGUUUUUAAUACUAGUAUCUUAUCUGGAACAACUUGUAGCAGCUAUGUAUUUCCCCUUUGUCCCAAGCCUGAUACUUCAGCCAUCAUAACUCACUAACAGGGAGAAGUAGCUGGUAGCAAUGUGCCUUGAUUGAUUAGAUAAAAGAUUUCUUGUAGGCAGCAAAAGACCAAAUCUCAGUUGUUUGCCAUCACUAGUCCAGGCCUUCAGUUUCCGAAUCUCUUUCCCCACCCGUGUAGUCUAUUGCCGCUAUGUGACUUUCGCUUAAUCUAAUAUUUCGCCUUUUCCUAUAUCAAAAACCUUUAUAAUUACCAGGGAUGUUCCUUAGCAAGGAUUUCUAGCCCUAGAUCUCUCAUGUGCUCUAAUGUUGAAAAGGCUGAGAAAUGUGGGGCUCAGCUGGUGUGGUGGGUGAUGAGGAAGCAUCUUUCUAGAGACACGUGCGACCCGAUGAGGAAUGCAACGGCAGUCUUUUAGAUAAGCUCAUCACCUGCCAGAACCUCUAGCACGUCACCGUCAUUUCUUGGAAUUGGAAUUCUACACAACAAAAUAACCCCACAAUAAUUAUGAGAGGCCGUUUAACUCUGCUGUCUUUUGCAGUGCUCCCCCCCCCAGCCAGCCAGGCUCCCCUCCCCGUAGGUGGCGCUCUGGCCUCUCUGGCACUGAGCACCAGGCUUCAUAUAGCAGUUAGGCAGCACUGUGAGUGGUUCACACUGGAAUACAAAACAGCCAUGGUCUGAGAUGCAGGGGAUGCCGUCCAGAAGCGCACGGUGGCAGGUAUGCUGUGUCUCCUCCCAGAGUGACAGUCCUAAACACUAUAAGACAAUAAAGGGAGAAUGGUGCUGUUUCAAGUUACAUCCCUGUAAAUUUCAGAAUUCAGAAAAGAUGGAUGGCUUUAGUCCACUGGCCUGAUUUCCUGUGUUCCCCCCUGCCUCCUGAACCUUAGACUUCCCAGUGUUCUGAAAGGAAGCGCCGCUGAACGUCUUCCUUGAACACCAAGCCAUCGUCCUCCGUGGCUCCCGGGGACUCCAGGGGAAUUUGUUUCUCUGCUCUCGCUGUCCCGGCUGGCUCAGCAUAGGGUCACUUUGCCAUUUUACAAAUGGAGAUCAAAGCAAUUCUGACUGUCCAGGAGCUAAUCUGACCGUUCUAUUGUGUGGAUGACCACAUAAAAAGGCAAUUUUAGUAUAUUAAUCAUAGAUUAUUAUAAACUAUAAAUUUAAGGGCAAGGAGUUUAUUACAAUGUAUCUUUAUUAAAACAAAAGGGUGUAUAGUGUUCACAAACUGUGAAAAUAGUGUAAGAACUGUACAUUGUGAGCUCUGGUUAUUUUUCUCUUGUACCAUAGAAAAAUGUAUAAAAAUUAUCAAAAAGCUAAUGUGCAGGGAUAUUGCCUUAUUUGUCUGUAAAAAUGGAGCUCAGUAACAUAACUGCUUCUUGGAGCUUUGGAAUAUUUUAUCCUGUAUUCUUGUUUGAAUUCCUCCUCUAUUUAAGAUAUAUACACGGAAUCGAAGUGUUUAUGUAAUAGUUCUAUCCUUUUGCCUGCAGGUCAGUUGUAAUAAAUGUAGGAUGUGAUGAUGACUUUGUAAUUUGAUUUUCUGAAGUCUGACCCUGAGAGGGGAAAAUCAAGUAAAUUCCAUUAAAUUAUCUGUGCAUUUCACA